AUGGGCAGCCAGGAGUCUUGCCUUGGCGAAUGCUGCCGCAGACUACGGAUGCGCUUCCACCGCUUUGAGGGAGAGAUCCUGCCAACGGAUCCCCCGGACUUCACCAGUGCCGCAUACUGGCUGGCCCACCCCGUGCAUCAUCCCGGGAGAAUUGCGGAGAACCUGCCCAAGUUGGCGUACACUAUCCAGUCGGAUGGCAGUGUUCGCCAAGAACCAAUAGACUCAGAGUUCAGUGACAGCGCAACACAGGCGCCAGCUGACCUUUUCUACCUCCACGGGACAAUGGAAGGGCUGGGCAAUCGAGCCUCCAUCGGCCGCUAUGAGAAGGAGGUGUGGCAGGGCUUCAACACUCGACAUCAGAUGACCAUCGUCACUGCCUUCACCUCCGCCUGUAAAGCCUAUGCGCCAUUGUACCGCCAGGCAGCUAUGGGUGGAAGCUGGGACUUGGCCUAUCAAGAUGUCCUGUCUGCCUUUGAGCACUUCCUUUCAGAGACUGGCGAGCGGCCAAUCGUGUUGGCCGGCCAUUCCCAAGGAUCCCUCCACAUCCUGCGCCUAGUGAAGGAGCGCAUUGCGCCCGAUCAGACGUUGCUGAAGAGGUUGGUGGCUGUCCACGCGCCGGGCAUGGGCCAGUGGAUUGAGCCGUCGCCGCUUCUGAUCGACAAAGAACCCGCUUCAGCUGAGAAGCAGUCUGUGGCAAUUUGGGCCGCUGCUACACCUGAGGCAAACAGGAAGUGGACCCUCAUUGGCUUCAUGUCUGGCGGCGAGGGCUUCUCUGAGUUUGCGAAUCCCGUAGCAUGGAGCGGGGCCAGCUUGGGAGCCCUACUGCCGGAUGACAACUCCAAGCUGCCCGUGCUCUUCAGGAACUUCGUGCAGCGGGCCGAAGUGGUCGAAGGCUUGCUGCGGGUCCAUCACCAUCCUGCUGCAGCGGAUCGGAUGAUGACUUUGCAUUCGGGACGCCAGGACCUUCAUCCCUACGAUGUCCACUUGUUCUGGGGCGACGUUCGCGAGCGAGUUCAGAAACAGGUCAUGGCCUACACCAAGAGGCAAGAGUUGGCAGAGAAGAACUUGCAGCAGAGCCGUGAGAUUGAAGACAAGGUAGCAGAGGCGGUGGCCCUCCAUACGCUGCUGGCUGUGCACCUUGCGCGUCGCUCCGUGGAGCAGGCCAUCCAAUGCGCCAAGGACGCUGCGCUCCUCUUCCAGGAGCUCAAAGACUCGGCUGGGCUGGCUCGAUCUUGGCACCUUGCGGGGCAGCUGCACCUUCAGCUGAAGGACCAGUCGAAUGCCGCCAAAGCCGUGGAGUGCAUGGAAGCCGCCCGUGACGCUCAGAGUGAUGCCAGCGUUGAGGACCAAGCGACUGCCCUGCAGUCGCUGUCAGCAGCUCAUUUGGCCAACAACAACGCCAAGCAGGCUCUAGAGGCUGCAUCCCUUGCUCGAGACAUGUGCAAGGAGGCUGACCCUGCUGUUGAAGCUGUUUGCCUUCUCCGUGUUGCUGGUGCUUACGUUCGGCUGGGAGACUUUGAAGCUGCCUUAAGCGCAGCUUCAGAUGCCCAGGAGCUUUUCCGCGAGGCCGAUGAUCCGCUGGCAGAGGCUGGAGCUGCUGGACUCGUGGCCCGGCUCCAACUGGAGCGCCAGGACUUGUCAGCUGCGCUUCUGGCGGCAGAUACGGCCAGAGCAUUGCUGCGGCAGACUGGCGAGCUGGGCCGGGAGGUUGGGAUGCUGAUGCUGUCAGCGCAGGUGGGCAGCUUGGAGCUUGCUGCUGGCGCACAGCCUGGCGGGGGCAAGGCUGCGCGUGACUUUUAUGAGGGCCGUGGCAGGGGCAAGGUCCUUGCCAAAGCCAAGGAGGCGGUCAGCUUGUCCAAGAGGCUCAAUAGCAACCAUUUCGUGGCGAUUUCGCGAGUUGCGCAAUCGCGAGCUAAAGUCUCAAACGGCUUGCUGGAGGACGCCAUGACAGAGAUCAAAGAGGUUCUGCCGAUUCUGGCAGGGUGCGGUGACAGCCGUGCAGAAGGGUCAGCCAAGCUGCUGCAAGCAAAUAUCUCAGUCUUGCUGGGAGUGCCGGAUAUGAAUUCGGCGAAGGAGGCGCUGGAGUGCUUCCAGGCAGCAGGGCGGCCCCAUGAGGUUGCGCAAGUGCAGGCCGUGAUGUCCCGGCUGCGGGCGAAGCCGGCGCAGGCCCCGGCCCAGGCCCAGGCCCAGGCGCAGGCGCAGGCCGCCCAGGCCCAGGCCCAGCCGGCGCUGGCAACGCAGGCCAAGCCUGCCACUAUCGAUAAGAUGGCUUUGCCACUGCCGGAGCGUGUGAAGUACACCUUGACCGAGCUCGUGGCAGAGGCUAUCGGUCAGGAGCACAUGGAGGAGGACCGCGCGCUUAUGGAAACGGGCAUGACCAGCAUUGCCAGCAUCAUGCUGCGAGACAGAAUCCAGGCCGAAUUCCCGGAAAUUCCCGAGAUGGACCUCACCUUCGUUUUCGAUUAUCCAACUAUUCGCGAAAUGACUGGCUUUGUGCUCGAGCAGCUGCCAGAUGCGUGA